AUGGACCUGAGUCUUGACGAGAUCAUAGAGCGUAAGCCAGGUUAUGGCGGCCGUUCGGCCAACAAGAAGUUCAACACAGGCUAUACAAAGCCCCGAAAGCUGCUCAACAGGACUCCCUUCCAGGCAAUGCACUCCUUUGACGCCCGCAACAAGAUUAUCCAGAAGACGCGUGCCAAGAUAGGCGAUGCACGCGAUGAUGAUAACUGGAAAAUACGCGACGCUCGCCAGCUGUUACAGGACCGCAAGAAGAAUCGGUCGCUGCUGCCGCUGUCUGGAGAGAUCAUUGAUGAGGAGGCCCUGCCGGACCGUAUGCCACGUCUUGGUCGUAACGAUAGCCGGGCGGGAAAAGUCCAUUUUAAGCGUCGCACCGUCAUGAAACGUUUGGCGGCAUGGGAAGAGGAAGACGAUGACGCUGUCGGGCUACGUGGUCAUAAUCGCUCCUACACUUCUAGUCUAAUCCAUUCGGCCAAGCCAUUUCCUCCGCACGGCUAUGUUGACCACGAUAACAUGCAGGUUGUCGAAGAUGGGGAGAUAUCCAGCUAA